CUGGGACAGCCCCACCUCCUUUCUGCUUUCUCGCCCUUCCCUUCCCCUUCCCCCCUUUCCCCCUCCUCUCUGCUCCCUCCCACCUGGCUGCCCAGGACCCCCAUGUCAGCAGUGCCCAGCUGUGCCUGCAGCCAGUGUCCCGCUCCGCUGGAGCCCCCGCCAUGGGGCCCACUGAGGAGCUGGUCCGCAUUGCCAAGAAACUGGAUAAGAUGGUGGCCAGGAAGAGCACGGAAGGGGCACUGGAUCUUCUCAAGUCCCUUACUGGCUACACCAUGACCAUCCAGCUGCUCCAGACCACACGGAUUGGAGUGGCUGUGAACUCAGUGCGGAAACACUGCUCGGAUGAAGAGGUGGUAGCCUCAGCCAAAAUCCUCAUCAAAAACUGGAAGCGGCUUCUGGAGUCCACCACCACAAAAAAAGAGAAGGAUGCAGAUGGCAAGAAGGAGAAGGACACAGAUGGAGACAAGGAGAAGAAGAAGGGGAUGGAUGUUUCUCGUUGCCCCAAUGAAGGGGUAACAAAGCACAGCAAGAAUACAGCUGAGAAGCACAAGGAGAGGAAGUCCAGCAAGUGUGACUCUCAUGCCACCACCACCCAGGGCUACUCUGCCAAUUCCAGCCCGGAGAGAGAGUCCAGUGAUGGCUGGAGCCCCACUGCAUCCUCCAAGAAAUCACUUCUGGAUGGCAAGAAAGAGAGGAGAGCCUCUGCUGACUGCAGGUCCUCAACCAUCUCCUCCUCUUCCUCCCCACAGAAGAGACUGUCAGGGGAGAGGAGAGCCUCUGUGGGCAUCAGCCUCUCUCCAGCUCCCACCAGCUCCCAGAGAAACUCCAGUGACAGCCAGGAGGAAAGAGCCAACAGCAGCAAGGCCAAACCAGAGGUGCCGCGAACCCCCACCAGCCCCUCAUUCUCUCCCAGCCCUUGCUUCCUGGCCCCCUGCUAUCUCACGGGGGACUCUGUGCGGGACAAGUGCAUUGAAAUGCUGACGGCUGCACUCCGCAUGGAUGAUGACUACAAGGAGUUCAGUGUCAACUGUGAGAAGAUGGCAUCGGAGAUUGAAGACCAUAUUUUCCAGGAGCUGAAGAGCACAGACAUGAAGUAUCGCAACCGGGUCCGGAGCAGGAUCAGCAACCUGAAGGACCCCAAGAACCCUGGUCUGCGGAGGAAUGUGCUGUGUGGGGCCAUCGAGCCUGGCCUCAUCGCCCGCAUGACUGCUGAGGAGAUGGCCAGUGAUGAGCUGAAGAAGCUGCGGAAUGCCAUGACCCAGGAGGCCAUCCGCGAGCACCAGAUGGCCAAGACAGGCGGCACCGUCACCGACCUCUUCCAGUGCGGCAAGUGCAAGAAGAAGAACUGCACGUACAACCAGGUACAGACGCGCAGCGCUGACGAGCCCAUGACAACAUUCGUGCUGUGCAACGAGUGUGGAAACCGCUGGAAGUUCUGCUGAUGCUGCUGCCGAUUGGGCUGGAGGGAGCAUGGCGCAAGACAAGAUGCUGUGACACCACAUUGGGCAGCUGGAAUGGGGAGGAGGGGUCAGGGUGGAACCAGUCCUUAAACCCCAGCUCCUUGUUCCCUUGCACUGGGCUCCCUCAAACAUCCUGGGGAACCAGCCUCCGACAAUGCCAAGCUCACUCGAGAAGGUCCUGUGAAUUCAAUGGUUCUUCCUGCAAAUACCUGCCCUUUGAUUGGGGUGUGCUGGGAACAGACUCAUGUCUGGAAAGGGAGACUGGUACAGCCUGGGCAGCAUGUCCUUCCCUGAGAGAAAUCUGGAUUUGGAUGAUUUGGGAGCACGAGAGACAUUGCUCCAUGGACAUGGGGCUGUGCCUGGGAGCUGAGGGAGGCAGAGAGCCAGGUUUUAACCCAAACACCUUCUUCCUCACCUAAGUGCACACAGAAGGAGGACAUGGAGGGGACAGGGUGAUUGCAGCAUGUCCAGAUGCUGUUGGGAUAGCACUGUGUCCCUCUGCUCUGUGACAAGUGGACCAUUGAUCCUGACUUGAAGGCACCAUGUCUCACGAAAGAAGGAAAGAUGGUUGAGAGAGGAGUAAGGAAGAACCCUUCCAGCCAGAGUAAUAAAGGUGUGAACUAUC